AUGAGUGCAAAUUAUAGACAGGAGGAAGCAAAACGCCUCUUGAACUUUGCGUAUCGUAUAUUAGACUGGGUUCCUGUAGCAGAGUAUGAAACGGUAAAAUAUAGCGUUUCGCAUAAUUCCUUGUUUCCACUUUCUAUUCCUUUAUCGAAAUCAAUUCAGAUUUUGGUUAAACGAUGUUGUAUGCCUCCUUUUGUUUCACUUGCACCGCUGACUGAAAAACCUAGUUCUGAUGCUAGUUGUCUUGAUGUAGACGAUUUGGAAGAGAAAUUGGAGAAAUUGAAGUUCGAUGGAAACAAGAGUUUCAAGGAGGGUCGCUACAACGAAGCAUUAGAUGCCUAUUCUUCUGCAAUAGAUUUGGCUCAAGAGUGCAAUAAUGCUUUCAAUCCCUUGUUGCUUACUAACCGUGCGACAGUUUACAUAAAAUUAGGGCAAUACGAAGAUGCUUUAAAAGAUGCGAAUGAUUACAUAACGCGUCGUCCAGAUUGCUGGAAGGGUUAUGCUAGAAAGGCUCUGGCACUUGAUGGCUUGAAUGAGAAAGUCAGUGCUGAAAUAGCUGCUGCUUUAGCUUUUUAUCAAAACAGGGCUAUAUUCUCAGAUUAUUCUACAUUCGGAAAAUUUUUCUUUGAUUUGCAGAAGCGCAUUUUUGUAUGCGAUACUGUGGAUCAACUCAUUUCGAACGCUCUGCCUUCUCAGAAAGUAGAAACAAACUUGCUAACAAUUCUUGUACUCGGUUCGAAAGAUUAUGUCUUAAUUUCUGAUAUGGUUGGUCGUGUUAUAGUUUUGAGUAACUGUAUUCUAGUUGGUGCAAGGAUAAACUGUUCCGUUCUUCUGACGUUCGGAGGUAAUACAAGCAUUUUCGUGAAUAGUAAGUGCAUGAUUACCAAUCUUUCGUUUUACUUGGAAGAGGGUCAGUUUUCUUGUCAGUUAGGUUCAUUGGUCAAAGUCAUCAACUGCAAUUUUACCGGCAAAGGUAAUGACGGGCCUAUUGUUCAUAGUGAGGGUGAAUUUAAUGCCGAAAGUUGUAAUUUUUCAAACGGCAACAAUGCUGGGUUGGGAUGUUCUAGACCAGGUAAUAUGGUUGUCGUCGAGUGUUCCUUUUGUAACAGUGGGAAAGUUGGUUUAGUAGUGUGGGACGGCGGAACGUUGAAUUUGAAAAGCAGUCGCAUGUAUAACAAUCGUGGGCAUGGGUGCCAAAUUGGACCCGAAGCAUCAAAGUGUGUCGUAGUUAAUUGUGAUAUUUACCACAGUGACGAAGACGGAAUCGCUAUCGAUCGCUCAAAGAAUGUCAAGAUUAUGCGUAAUAACGUUUACGGCAAUAAUUGUUCUGGAUUAUCGAUGAUAAGCUCUGAGGUGAAUAUCAGAGAGAACAAUAUUUUUGACAACGGUUUGUGGGGAAUUUGGGCCUGGAGCAAUUCAUGGUGCAAUGUAUCGAUGAAUAAAGUUUUUCGCAACAAAGCUGGGGGAGUACGUGUGGGAUAUCGAGCUGCAGGGGAAGAGUUUUCUCCAUCUGUCGUCGAACUAAAUAAAAUUUAUGACAAUAUUGGUCCUGGAUUUGUUGAAAAUAUAAGGAAAUUUGAAGUAGAUGGAAGGCCUAGCACAAACGUUGGUUUAAGGAAGUCGUGUUUCAAGUCUCCCAAUUCCCUUCAAUCCGCAAAAUUCCAGGAUAACGAAGUAUACAAUAACAAAGAAAGUAAAAACGUGAAUAAAUUGAAUUUUUCCGUUCUAUAUUGCUCUAAUUGUCGUAAGAAGUGCGAACCGAACAGGUGUGGAAAGUGCUUUGCUGCUGUGUAUUGCAACAAAACUUGCCUAGACGGCCAUUGGUCGAAGCAUAAGAAAAUAUGCAAGGUUUUACGUGAAAAGGCGAGCUUUCUAAUCACUUCGAUGAAAAGGGUUGGUGGUGAUGGUAUGAUUAAACGUCAUGCGAAAGGCCUAGAAGAAAUUGGUCCUGAGUUCAGUCCUCCACCACCACGAGAUGGCAAGAGAUUUGUUGUAAAAGUACAGUCUAGUAUACCGAAUAUAAAGGAUAUAAAGCCGCACUCUCUUCUACUUUACGAUCGCAGUCUUGAACUUUACGAGGAAAUCCAGUCGAAAGUUAUUGCUAAACUCGUGCAAGAGUUUGGUAUACAAUGUGAAAGGCAAAUUGUGGAGAAGAAACUUUUCUUGCAUUGCUUGUUUGAAAAGAACGGACAGCUCCGACUGUUCAUUAAUGAAUUUGCCGAUUUUCUAAAAUGGUAA